AUGCGCUGGCGCUACGACGAAGAAGCAGCAGCCAUGGAGCUGCUGUCUCCUGCUGCUGCUGCUGCUGCUGCUGCUGCUGAAGCUGCUGCUGCUGCUGACGAGGAGGCCGGAAUUGAGGACGAGGAGGAGGAAGAAGAGGAAGCAGAAGAGGACCCGGAAGCAGCAGCAGCAGCAGCUGCUGCUGCUGCUGCUGCUCCUCCUCUUUGCAUGCGAAUUUUUGCUGCUGCUUCCGAAGAAAGUCCCCACGAUGUUGAGCUCGCCCCUUGUAACCCUGAAGACGAGGGCCAGCACCUAGUCUUCGUCCCUUAA